UUUUGAGUACGGCAUCCGGGUCCUUGAAGUAUACUUCUUUUCGCCGGAUCUGAAUUGGAACGUACUGCAUACUCAAAUUUUGGCCAGUAAGUACGGACAGUAGGCUACGGGUAUUGGAACACGGCAGAAGGGGCGGGACUUCGCCCAAGUUUUCCCGCUUCUUCUCAGUUUGGGGCCGAAUCAACUGAACAAUAGAAUCUCGGAUCUCCAUUUUUGUGCCAUUCAAGUGCAUGUGACGAUUGAUCUGGACUCAAGCUGUAGGCCUACCAGUCAGAUUAAUAACUCAGUGGAGGAGGAGGACUUUACGGAUAUCAGGGCCUACUUUUCCACAACAAAAUGGAACCGCCUCUGUAUGGCAGAGAAAAAAAGAUUCCUGCAGAUCAAGGAAAACCAUUUGGUUAUGUCGUCUCUUGGCCUGUCCUUUGUGGCUCCAGCCUUCAUGAGGAGAAAGAAGCCCGGCCAGGUGAGAGUCUGCUCACCUGAAGAGACAGACUCUGAGGAGGAGCAGCUCUGGACCUCUGGAUCGACCGGUGCUCGAGUGUGGAAGCCACCAACAGUCAGACAGGGGUCUCUACAACAGCCCAGUACGUCAGAUGCAGUUUCUGUACAGAGUCUCUCAGGGCGGGGCCGGAGCGACCAGGAGGUCUCUGGAGGGCCCACUCCUUCUCAUCCAGAGAUCGACCCCCCCGGAGGAGGAGUAGAGAGGGGCUCUGCAGUCCAGGAGGAGGUCUCAUUGGUCUGUGAUGAGUGUAGGACUUUCUUCCUCGAAGAGUGCGAGGUCCACGGUCCUAUCGUCUUCAUGGCUGAUCGCCCCGUUGCUGUCAGAGAGAAAGACAGAGCCAAGAAGACACUGCCCGCUGGGUUUGAGAUCAGAGAUUCUGGGAUCCCUGGGGCCGGUCUAGGGGUGUUUUACUGUGGAGACGGUGGCCUUCCCAUUGGAACACACUUUGGACCCUACAAAGGACACAGGACAGAUGAAGAGGGAGCCCUGGAGAGUGGAUACUCCUGGGAGAUCUACAAGAGCAGACACAGUGAUUACAUUGAUGCAAAGAGAGAGACACUUUCUAACUGGAUGAGGUACGUCAAUUGUGCUCGUAAUGAAGAGGAACAGAACCUAAUAGCGUUUCAGCACAAAGGAGGGAUUCCUUAUCGCACCUGUGGCCUCGUGACUCCAGGAGCAGAGCUCUUGGUCUGGUAUGGGGACGAAUACGCCAGACAUCUGGGAAUCGGAUUUGAUCGACUGUGGAACAACAAGAGCUCUACUAAAGGAGGGAAAUCCCAGCUGACACCAGCACAGGCUUUCCCCUGUCCCGAGUGUCCGUACUCCUACACGUCUCAGAUCUUCCUCCACAAACAAAUGAAGAGGAGCCAUGGCGACCUGUACGGCCGACUGCUGAGGAGUGGAGAAAUCAAGGUGGAGCCUAGUCUCCUCCCAUACGUCGCAGCCUCCUAUCAAGAACCGAUCGGAGCCUCCCCGGGAACCGUCCAAAGCACGAGCCAGAUUCCAGCAGAAGGAGCCGGACAACACAGAUGUGAGAAGUGCAGUAAAACCUUUAGUCGCCCUCAUAGUCUGAAGAGACACCAGCGCAUCCACAUGGGAGAGAAACCAUACCACUGUAAACAGUGUGGGAAAACAUUUAGACAAUCUAGUGAUCUGACGGUACAUCAGCGCAUCCACACAGGAGAGAAACCAUACCACUGUAAACAGUGUGGGAAAACAUUUAGUCAGUCUGGUGAUCUGAAGAAACACCAGCGCAUCCACACAGGAGAGAAACCAUACCACUGUAAACAGUGUGGGAAAACAUUUAGUCAAUCUGGUCAUCUGGAGAGACACCAGCGCAUCCAUACAGGAGAGAAACCAUACCACUGUAAACAGUGUGGGAAAACAUUUAGUCACUCUGGUGAUCUGAAGAAUCACCAGCGCAUCCACACAGGAGAGAAACCAUACCACUGUCAGAAGUGUGGGAAAACAUUUAGUCGAUCUGGUCAUCUCAAGAGACACCAACAACUUCACAGAGGAGUCUCCACCCAAACAACCAUGUGAAGAAACUAAAUGGUUCCCAGACAUCUGUUAUUCAAAUCGAAUCAAACAUGGUUCUUGCUGUUAUAUGUUAAAAGGGCACAUGUUCAUGUGCCCUUAAUUGUUUAUCUUAUCAACUUUAUGUAUUUAUUUAUAUUCAUGUCUGUAUGAGUGAAGGGUUUUGCCCAAAAAAAAUUCAUAAAAAAAAUAGUUUGAGAGAGAUAAUGUUAUUAUCUGAAUUAUUUAACUUCCAUUUGUCAUCAGUAAGGUAUCUUAGAUCUGACGUCAUUGUUAUAUUUACUACAUUUGUAUGUAUUUAUUUAUUUAUCCUGUAGAAAUUCAAAUAAAAUCGGAUAUGCAGUGUUGAGAAGACUGGUUUUGUCUGGAUAGAAUAGAAGCAGUCCAACAUGUUGGUGAAUUAUAUUUGAUAUGCUGUUAUGUAUAACGUAGGAUGCAACGGAUGAGCUGAGGUCCCGUUACUGACCACCAGAGGGAACCACAGCACCACGAAGAUGUUCCCCUUCCCUGGAUUCAGUGACAUUUUGAAUUAAUUAUUGAUAAUUAUGCUUCAAUCUUCCAAUAAUAAUUACUAUUCACCGUCCUUCAAUGGAAGUGAGAAAAAAAGGAUGUCUGAUUUAAACCGUUGAAGAGGCCUGUGAUUUGGAAGGCUAAUACAGUGAACAAAUGAUAGAUAUAUCAACCAGUGGCGGUGGGUCAAUAGAGGGCGCUAGGGCGCCGCCCCUCCGUGAAAUAUUCACUUCAAUAUAUCUGCCAACUAUUAAUCAACUUUUAUCAACACGAAAUUAAUCAACAAAAAUACAUAGCGUUUAUCCUCGUUUAAUUGUGUGAUAUACUUGUCACUGCCAGCAACCAUUUAAAUGCGUCCGAACGUCAAUGAUUUGGGCUAGGCCAGUUAUUGGUAAUUCGAAAUAAAGCCCUCCAAGUCAGGGGCGCCGGCCACGUUGAAGUCAAUCUAAACUAGCUAACUUUGCUGUCU